AUGGCGACGUCCUCUCCUCCUCCUCCUCCUCCUCCUCCUUGUAGCAGCAACGGGCACUCGCUCAGUAGUGUGACGGCGCUGCUGUCGUCGCUGUGGACGUCGGCCCACGCGGCUCGGCGGCGCGUCACGCGUCAGCGGGUCCUCUUGUUUGUCAAGCAGCAUGUACCCAUUUUGGAGUGGUUACCCGCCUACGACGUGCGGGAAGAUUUGCAAUUCGACGUGGUCUCGGGGGUUACCGUCGGGCUCAUGCUCGUGCCCCAAGAGGUCUCACUAAGUGCGAUCAUGGGCGUCCCCCCUAUUUACGGUCUCUACACAGCCGCUGUCGUGCCGAUGGUCUACCCGCUCUUUGGUACCUCGCGCGUGCUGUCCGUGGCCAAUGGCGCCGAAGUGAGUCUAUUAGUGGGCUCGGCGAUCAAGAAGGUCGAGAGCGAAGAAGAGCGCAUUGCGACGGGCAUUUUGCUGAGCUUCCUGAGUGGCGUCGUGCUGCUGUUCAUGGGCGUGUUUCGGCUCGGCGUGAUUGCCGACUUUUUCUCGCGGCCGGUCAUGGGCGGCUUCCUCUCUGCCGGCGGUGUGCUCAUUAUGUUGUCGCAGGUGGCGAGCUGGCUCGGACUGGACAUUAAAAGCAGGGACCUCCCUGUGCUCACGGUGCUGGAUCUGUGUCAGAAGUUCCCGCAUCUGAACGUGCUGAGCUUUGCACUGGGCACGUUUUCGAUCCUAGUGCUUGUGGGAAUGCACGAGCUGAAACGGAGGAUUGUGACGAAGCUGGCCAGCGUCGAGGAACAAGUGGACAACCAAUUUGCAAUCGAGACGUCGAGGGCACUGACUCAGUUGUCGAUCAGCACCAAGUCGGUAGGUGGAGAGUUGCGGGACAUGAGUGGCGAUGAUACCGAGGCUAGUCGAGCUACGGAGGAUGGUUGGAGAGACACAGCUACAAGGUGCGCGGAUGAUGUGGAUCCGGGCAAUGCGUCGAAACCUACGAAUCGACAACUGAAACGGAGCGAUAGCGAAUACGACUCGGGUGUGAGAGAUGUGAAAGGCUCUUUGGGCGAAUCGAGGUGGACUGGGUUGCCCACAGUGUCCACAACAGGAUCGAUUCGACGCCGAGAGGACGUGCUGUCAUCUCCGUGGGGAGCUGUGUCGCGAAGAGGCCGUGAUAUGGCGGCAAGGGCUCGAAGCACUCGUCAUGCGCGCAUGGACGACGAAGGCGUAGGGUUUUCCCUCUCGGACGAACACUACAUUACGGUCGAGAGACCUCUGGAUUUUGGCAGUCGCCCAGGCACAGUUUACCAUACGCACGAAUCAGAGUCAAACGAAACAGGCGUAGCGCGAACGCUGCCGCGGAUAAAUUCGAUGCAGCUGAGAUUGGAGACACCUCGUCGAACCCACGACAGUGAUGCUUGUCACAAUGAUGGUGACGGUAAUGCGAAAGCUGAGGCCGAGAUGAAGCAACGUGUGAAAGAACUUGUAUCGCCUGCGAAGUCUGAUACUGGAUCUGAAAUAGCAGACUCCAGUACCGCACUAACAGGACGCAUGUUAGCGGCGUCGUCGACGUCAGUCCGGCUAUUGCGCUCCAAAAUGGCCGUGCUAAUCGCGCUGAGGCUGGUGUGUGACUUGGGUGCGUUCGCAGUAUGUCUGCUUGGUGGAAUCGUGGGUUACAUGGUCCCGGAAGGUUCCCUGGCGCUCGCUGGAGACAUUCCAGGUGGUUACCCGUCGUUGAAGAGGCCCUGGUAUGGGUUUAGCGAGAACAUCAUUGACGCCGACCGCUUGUACCAUCUCGUCAUUGACACACUUUCGAUCGCCAUCAUCUCGUACAUGUGCAGUGUUGCAAUGGCUAAACGUUUGGCUAUCAAAGACGGCUACCGGAUUCGGCCAAAUCAAGAGCUCAUGGCUCUGGGGUUUUCCAAUCUCGUUGGCUCUUUUUUUCAGGGAAUGCCCUCCACUGGAGGUCUUUCACGUACCGCAGUGAACAUGCAGAACGCACGCACGCAGCUUGCGAGUGUGAUUGCUGUGCUAGUCGUGGUGAUAGUGCUGUACACUGCUACUUCGGCUUUGGCCUACCUGCCAAAAGCAAGCUUAGCUUCGAUCAUUAUAGUCGCAGGCUAUUCACUUAUCGAGCUGAAAGAGGCGAAGUGGUUGUAUCGUGUGAAGCGGGACGAGUUUUACGUGUGGUUGGCAUCGUUUGUGCUGUCAUGUAUACUGGGCGUGCUGCCUGGUCUGCUGUCCUCCAUCUUUUGCUCGCUGGUUGCUGUGAUUUACAAAACUCGUCGGCCGAUCAUCUCGACGCUGGGCGAGGUGACUGAUGAAGCGACUCAGGAGAAACGAGUUGUGGAUUUGGACUUGUAUCCGGACACCGCACUCCCAUUUUCCGACGUCGUAGCGAUUCGAGUGGAAGGCGCGCUAUAUUUUGCUAAUUGUGAGUACAUUGAGCGCGUGGUGGAACGUGAAGUGCGCCAGCGUUAUGAAACGGAUGGAGCAGCUGUCCGUGGUGUUGUCAUUGACGCAGGCUCCAUGAUGGACUGGGACACUACUACAAUUCAGAUGAUGAAGCAUUUGAAGUCUGAACUGCGACGGCAGGGCAUCAGACUGGCAAUUGUGAACGCACGGGAUCGGCUGCAGCUGCUACUACAGACCUCAGCGUUUCUCGUUGGCAUCGUGCACAAUGACGCUCGCAUUGGAUUCGCUGAAGCCAUCACUGCCAUCCGUAAGGAAGCGGUGCCGCCAGACGAGAGCCAUGCGCUGACGCGUCCAUCCAGAGUACAUAGCAUUUGA